UAGCCGUACGGAGACCUGCCCUUGCCCUGUUCCUCCCCAGUCCCAAAUCCCUCCAAGAAAAGGCGGCUCCAACAACCAGAGCGCUCAUCAGCAAAAAUCUUCACAAGAUCCGCCCCCGAUUUGGGGAGCACCAGGCGAACGUGAGGCCGGCGCGGCGAGUGCGAGCAAGAUUCGCCAUGGGGCGGAGCAGAAAGGAUUCCGGCGAUCUGGCGGAGGCUCUCGAGGAGGACGAAGAGGAGGCGGAGGAACAGACUGAGGGCGAGGAAGAAGAGGGGGAGGAAGAGGAGCAGACGGAGGAGGGGGAAGGUGAGGAGGAUGAGGCCGAGGCCGAGGCGGAGACGCCGGCGCAGGACGCCGUGGACCCGCCGAAGCUGGCCGAGGGCUACUUCGAGAUCGAGGCCAUCCGUCGCCGCCGCCUGCGCAAGGGCCAGCUCCAGUACCUCGUCAAGUGGCGUGGGUGGCCGGAGAGUGCUAACACAUGGGAACCCCUUGAAAACCUGAAGGCCUGCUCCGACAUUGUUGAUGCUUUUGAUAAGCGGUCACGGUCGCCAAGGUCCUCUCGGAAGCGAAAGCGUAAGGCUGCUACUACUUCAACAUCCGAUCCUAACCCUUCUCGUGGCAAACGGGGUCGCCCACCUCGGUCGGAGGCCCGAUCCAUGACAGGCCAUCAUGCCCCAGAACCCAAAAAAAUGCCCUGCAGGACAAGUAGUAGGAGAGCCAGUAAUAAUGGUAACAAGAGCUUGUUUGGUGGACUUGAGGCAUCAGUCAAUGUGCUUGGGCAAAGAGUAGUCCAGGAGGGUAGUUCGGGUGUAGUUUCAGUUGGGUUUCCAUCACAAGGGGCUCCUCUGUCUGUUAGCUUGACUGACCAACAAGACGAGCAUCAGCUUGCGAAUGGUUCAUCAAAGGUGGAAAGUUCGGUACGACCACCCCCAUCUCAGGGUGGCCAGAUAACUGGUGCAAAGAAGCGCAAGUCCGGAUGUGUUAGGAGGUUCAAGCAGGAUGAAGUAGCACCACAAGAACAAGGAGAUAUUCGUGAUCGCACAACUGACAAGCCUGGCAACGAGUAUGUUGAUUCCACAGAAGGAGAAACUGGUGAUAAAAACAAGGGGGAUGACUCUGCUAGCCAUAUUCAUAAUCCUAAGAUCAUCAAGAUCAUCAAGCCAGUGCGCUAUUUUGCCACUGUUGUGGAUGGCGUGCAGCAAGUGGCAAUAUCGUUCAAGGCACUCAGGUCUGAUGGAAAAGAAGUACUCGUAGAUGACAAGCUGUUGAAAGCUAAGGAGCCCUUAGUGCUUAUAGAAUACUAUGAGCAGCACCUUCGUUAUAACCCCACCUCGACACAUUGAAGCUAUUGUGUUUCAGCCGGUUGUGCGUGCCCCUAUGUUUGGAAUGGAUGGAGAUGUAUUUAAUGUAGCAUUUUUUGUGCUAGAUAUAUCUGUAGCUCAAUUGGGUAGUAGAUUGUUAGUCUGGCACUCUUGUCAUAGUCCUUGCGCUGAGUGCGAGUAAACUGUGAUGUUAUGGUAUGUCAAUUUAACCCGGACGUUUUUGUGUGUAUUAUAUGCUAAGAAGUUAGUUAAUUGGAUCCUCUGCGGCGGCUAUGGGACGAUUGGGUGGCAACCAUUUUCCGGCAA